AUGAACGGGACAAUUAGGAAUCCAAGUAAUGUCGGAACCAUCAUGGCCAUUUUAUCUGGGCACGGGCCCGUCUUUGUAUUUCGUCAUGAAAGGACUGAUCCCCGCAAUUGUUUAAAGAGAAAGAACCUAGUGAAGGGCCCUUGCUCAAUGUCUCUCAAAAUAGUACUACAAAAAAAUAAGAGAAUAAACAGUCUGAUCUGGAUAGGUUGUUUUAUUUUUGUUUGUGUGGCUCUAUUUGAGCAAGACAAGUUCCCAGGACUUGUGAUCCAAGUAGAAUUGAUGGUUGGCUGCGAAUUAAGGCCAAAGAUGUGGUGGAUUUUCGUCAUUAGUACACUGCGUAUAGUACAAAAGGAGCUAAUCGAUAGAGAAUACAAGAAUGAGACUAAGCACGAGCGAAGAUGGCUGUUUUGUACAAUAAUGGCUUCAUUCAUGAGAAACAAAGCAAAUGGACGUGCACCAUCCACAGUCUUUUCUACCGCCGCAAUGUCACCCCGCCAGGUUGCCAACAAAGCCUAUUCUCUGGCAUGUAAAAAACUUGAUCGUGAUGAUCGCCGCAGCCGUCCACGUUACAAUAUCCGCGAAAGAUUGUUGCUGUGCAACACUAUCAACAAGGCCGAGGAUGUUCUCAACAAGCGCACCCAGCGUUUCAAUCGUCGUGUACUCUCUAUCGAAGACGAAGACUUUGGCCACUCCGAGACCCCCGAAUCCCACCAGCCCCACACCUCAAAGGAAACCGUCGCCCAGAAGUCCAGCCUGAGAUCGUCUGGUUCUGAAGAAGAGGAAGAAGAAACUACAACUCAGAUCGUGCCCGUCACGAUGACUCCGGCGGAACCCAAACCCAUUGUCCAAGAACAUCAAGCACCAGCACCCUUCAUUCAUCAAAUCUCCGCAGCAGAGGAGCUCAUCAAAGAUACUUUCCUCAUCCCAACCAAGUCCCUCCCAGCCCCCAUCUUUGUCAUGCUCCCAAGUGGUCAUCUCGAGCAGCUCAUUGCUCUAUCAGAAUCUAUGGCAGAAGCAUUGUUACCCCGUGACUGUAGGCUUAUCAUGAGCCACAACAAUAUGUUGCCUAUACCAAUUGCUGCUGCAAUCAUCUAA